UUUCCUGACACACCAAUGGGACACGGAGCGCCGCUUCAAAACACGACGCGCACGCGACUUCUCUUCAUGCACAGGGAGGAAAACAAAUAAGCAAGCAACCAAGCGGACGUGACUAGACUGCAUACUCGGAGGCCGUGGGGGGGGGGGUUGCGCGCGUCUCAAGAAGUGCGCGCACUCGCGCUUCCCCCUCCCUCGCGCGUGGCUAUUUAUUUCUCUCCCUGUCUUCUCCCCCUUCCCAGCUUUCCUUUCUGUGACGACGGUUGCCAUAGUGACGGGAAGCGAACCCCAACCGUCGCCGCGCGCCUUUGCUCCUCCUCACACACGCUCCCCCACCCUUCCUCUCGCGCCCCCUUUCGCUCCCUCCUUCCACUUGCAGGCAGAGCUGGGUGGGGGUGCGCGCGCGCGUUUUUGUGAGGGAGUGAAGCAAGGGGAGGGGAGAUGAGAUGGCGGCCGACGGGGAGGCGGAGGCAGAAGUGGAAUGGGUGGUAGACAGCAUCGCCGGCUACCUCCGCAGCCCCGCAUGGUCCAUCCCCAUCCUGGAGUUCGUGGAGCACAAGUGCGAGGUUUUUGAUGAUGAAGAAGAGAGCAAGUUGUCUUACACUGAAAUUCAUCAGGAAUAUAAAGCUUUGGUUGAAAAGCUGCUAGACAGUUACCUUAAAGAAGUCGGAAUUAACGAAGACAAAUUCCAAGAAGCUUGCAUGUCUCCUCUUGCCAAGACUCGUACGUCACAGACCAUUUUGCAGCCAGUAUUGGCAGCUGAAGAUUUUAGAUUGUUUAAAGAGAUGAUGGUCCAGAAAAACAUUGAAAUGCAGUUGCAGGCCAUUAGAAUAAUUCAGGAAAGAAAUGGUGUGCUACCUGACUGUUUGACAGAUGGGUCUGAUGCAUACACUGAAAUUGAAGAAGAAGAGAUGAAAAUACUAAGGGAGGUUCUCAGGAAGUCUAAGGAAGAAUAUGAGCUGGAGCAAGAUAGGAAAAGAACAGAAGAGUCACAUGAGAAACUGAGAUCAUCUUAUGGUGCACACAAAUCUCCAGAUCUGAGUGAAAGUGUAGGAACUAAAGAGCCUGUUGACCAUACUACAAAACUUUCACCAGGUCGAGAGGCAAAACACAAAGACUUAUCUACCCAGGAACUGUCCUGUGCCAAACUGAAAGAAGAUAGUCGGAAGAAAGCAAUUGGGAAUGGUUCUGAAUAUGUAACAAAGCAAGCAGGAAUUGAAGGACGUAAAUUAUCGGAACUUGGAGCACAAGAGCUCAGGGAGCGUGAAGACUAUCUAAAGCAGAAACGAGAUGCAUUGAUGGCUUUGAAGAAGGAGUCAAAAACUAAUUUGCCACCGCCACCACAAAGUACAGAGCAGAAGGAAGAGCUGUUACCUUCUAAGGAGGGAAUGACAGAAGAAGAAGAGCAAAGGUUGUUAAAGAAAAGAAUCCUUGCAGCAAAACUUAAAGAAGAAGUUAUUAAUAAGCGAUAAUUUAGAGAAGCUGCUACUAAGAGUUGGGGACAAGAAUGAUCUUUUAAUAUAUAUUUAACCAUGAACUGAAUUGUUUGCUUACAAACACUGUAUACAUUAAUUUGCUUUUAUAUAUUACAAACAGUAACUUUUUUCUUGUUUUUAAAAAAAAUUAGAUAUGAAAUUAAACAGAGUAAUAAUUUAAUUUUUUUUAAAAGUAGGCUUGAUUGUUCCAAAGCAUUAAGCACCCAGCAAUUCCAGUAUGUAUUGCUAAAUGUGAACACUACAAUUCCUUUACUUGCUUUAAUAAUUUUCCAGUACUUUGUCAUGAAUAUUACCAUUGGUAGAAUUCAGCAUUAAACUGAUUAAACUUG